AUCGUGUCUUUGCCGUUGUUCGUUCAGUUGAAAUUGAAACGCGCUCAAGAAAAGAUAAAUCAAGAACGUCGAGGUCGAUUUUAUUCUCCUAUUUUUCUUAACUUGCAAUUAAAUUUGUGAAAAAAAUAAUUUCAUUGUUAGAAAAGUAAAGAAAAAAGGCUUGAUUAGAAUAACAGCUAAUAAGGACACUUGCUACAACGUUAUAGGAAAAGAAAAAAACAAGUAAAGACAACCUACUGAAAAUAAAAAAAAUAAAAGAAGUGUGUAAAGAAACGAUUGCCUAAUAAAAUGUCUGUGAUUGGAAUCGAUUUUGGCAAUGAGUCGUGCUAUGUUGCGGCUGCAAAAGCUGGAGGAAUAGAAACGUUGGCCAAUGACUACAGUUUACGAGCAACGCCAUCAUGUGUAGCCUUCGAUGGAAAGAAACGUAUCAUUGGUGUUGCAGCCAAAAACCAACAAGUCACAAACAUGAAAAACACAGUUAGUGGAUUCAAGCGUUUAUUGGGGCGUAAAUUCAACGAUCCACAUGUACAACGUGAACUUACUUCCAUUCCAUAUAAAGUAGAACAACGACCAGAUGGCGGCAUUGGCAUUCGUGUCAACUAUCUUGACCAGGAUCAACUUUUCUCGCCCGAGCAAUUAACUGCAAUGUUAUUUACAAAACUAAAGGAAACAUCCACUAGUGCAUUGCAGGCUCAGGUGAACGAUUGUGUAAUAGCUUGCCCUAUUUAUUAUACAAACGCCGAGCGUAAGGCAUUGCUAGAUGCAGCUAGUAUUGCCGGUCUCAAUGUGCUCCGUUUGAUGAACGAAACAACAGCAACGGCUUUGUCUUAUGGUUUUUACAAGCAAGAUCUCCCCGAAGAUAAGCCACGCAAUGUUGUGUUCGUUGAUUGUGGUCACUCAGCACUGCAGGUCAGUGUUUGUGCAUUUACUAAGGGCAAACUAAAGAUGCUCUCUAGUACAUGGGAACAAAUUGGUGGGCGGGACUUUGAUUAUGUCCUUGCUGAUCAUUUCGCUCAAGAAUUCCAAGAGAAAUACAAAUUGAACGCAAAGACUAAUGCCAGGGCAUAUUUGCGAUUGAUAACAGAAAUUGAGAAGAUGAAGAAGCAAAUGUCUGCAAACAGUACUAAACUGCCAUUGAACAUUGAAUGUUUCAUGAAUGAUGUCGAUGUACAUUCAAGCAUGCAACGAUCAACAAUGGAGGAGCUAUGUGCUCAUUUGUUUGAGCGUGUCGAUUUGACAUUGAGAAGAUGUUUGCAGGAAUCAAAAUUGUCAUCUGAUGAAAUUCAUUCAGUUGAAAUUGUUGGUGGAAGCUCACGUAUUCCAUCGAUUAAGGCAUUAAUUGAACAGACCUUUGGCAAGCCUGCUUGUACAACUUUGAACCAAGAUGAGUCUGUAUCUCGUGGAGCGGCCCUUCAAUGCGCUAUCAUGUCCCCAGCCGUACGUGUACGAGAAUUCGGUGUAACUGACAUCCAGAACUACGCUGUCAAAGUUAUCUGGGAACCAGAGGGCUCUCUUACUGGCGGAGAAAUCGAAGUUUUCCCCGCUUUCCAUGCUGCUCCAUUCAGCCGAAUGCUUACCCUCAACCGAAAGGAGCCAUUCAACAUGACCAUUCAAUACGCCCAACCCGUCCCAUACCCCGAUUCGAUUAUCGGUAAGUGGCUAAUUAAGGAUGUGAAGCCCAACGAAAAGGGCGAAUUACAAGAAGUCAAAGUCAAAGUACGCAUCAAUCACCAUGGUAUCGUGUUGAUCUCAAGCGCAUCUCUCGUUGACAAAAAAGAAAUCGAUGAGUCACAAUCUGCUGGCGACGAACAACAAUCCGGCGAACAAGCUGCCCCAACUUCGGCUACUGGUGAGCCCAUGGAAGUCUCUCAGGAGGAAUGUUAUGAAAAUGAUGAUGGUAGUAGAGAUUCGCCAACAGCCUCAUCACCAGGAGGACAAGGGUGGGCCCAGCGGGUCAAGGGAUGGUUUACUUCGGGUAACGAUAAGAAAAAGAGGUCCAAUAAAUUAAUUGAACUCUCAAUGGAUAUUAAGACACAUGGUUAUUCACUGGCUGAUUUAACAAAUUACAUUCAACAAGAAUCUAGAAUGAUUGCAAAUGAUGCGAAAGAAACAGAGCGUGUUGAUGCACGUAAUGCACUCGAGGAGUUCGUUUAUGAUAUGCGAAACAAAUUACAGGGAGGACCAUUAGAGCGUUUUGUUGCCGAAACCGAUCGUGAAGCUAUAUGCAAACAACUGAAUGAUCUUGAAGAUUGGCUGUAUGAAGAUGGUGAAGUCUGCGAUCGUGAGACCUAUCAAUCAAAACUUAACAACUUACAUGUCCAAACUGACCCCAUCAAGGAACGUUGUCAAAACUACGAAAACGCUCCACAUGCUUUCGAUGAACUAAGGAAAACAAUUGAUUAUGCUCGUUCCGCAAUCAUGGAAUUCCGAUCGGGAUCACCCAAAUACGAUCAUCUUACCGAAACUGAAUUCAUAAAUAUUUCCGAGGCAGCAGAGAAGGCGGAGAAAUGGCUACAAAGUGCUUUGUCCAAAUUCACCCAAACACCUCGCACCUCCGACAGUCCUGUCAAAGUAAGCGAAAUCCGCCACGAAUCGCACAGUCUAAGCGCAUGCCUUAACUCUGUCGUCAACCGCCCAAAGCCAAAACCACCAACGCCAGCAACCAAGACGACUGAACAGUCGCAUCAAAAUGGUGAAUCCAACCAAGAUAAAAAAGAGGACGCUAAAACAAACAGUAGUAUUCCAGAGGAUUCAACGAUGGACGUUGAAUAAAAACAACAAAACGAAGCAAACAAUACACUAAAUUAAAUUCUCUGUUAUAAUUGCAAAUAUAUAUUAAAAUAUAUGUAUAAUUAUUUCCUAUCAUAAACAAAAAAAAAAAAAAAAUCUUUUCGGUUUUUAGUUUCACAAUAUUCAGCCGAAUUAGAGAGCAACGCAAAAAAGAAACCUGCAAUUCAAAAGCAGAUUAAAUUGCAUUAAGUACAGCAGACUAAGUUUAUACGAAACACAUUUAAAUAAAAUAUAAAUAAAUAUUUAAGAAACAUUAAUAAAUGUUCAACAGAUGAAGCUACGCAUAUGAUUACAAUAAAAAGAAAUAAACAGCAAAAACAAAAACAUAUUUUGAAAUCAUAUAUUUCUACCCCCUCACCAUCCAACAUAAACGGCAAAUAAGCAUUAAAUCCAUACGAUUAAAUAUUUUGUUAUUAGUUAUUCUUUUUCCAAUAACAUUUGAUUAAUAAGUUCAAAAACCAUUUAUUUAUUUUUUUGUAACUGUAACUUGGAAGUUUAUAUUUAAAUAUAGGAAACGGGAAGAGAGAAGUUGCUUCGUUUUUAUUUAAUAAAUAUACAAAACUAUUCUUAAGUACAAUUUUCACCUCUCAAAAACUGUAUCAGGCUUUAAAAACUUAUUUUUCUCUUAUUGGUAUCGAUUUAUCAUGAUUUAAAUUUUAUCGAUUGCAUUUGUCAAAACCUUGAAAAAAGAAAACAAAAAAAUAGAUGAAGAAUACAAAUAAAAACACACUAUAAUAAAAGUGAGAUUAGUAGGCUUUCUUUUGUAAACCAGACAAAAAAUUAAUAAUAAUUGUAAUAUUAAAUUUUUGGUGAAAUAAAACUAAACCGGCAGAAUGAAUUCUUAAUGUUAA